CCACCGCCCGGCUAAAAUGUUGACUUUUCAUCUCAGUAAAUAUGAGGUUUCAAACAGUAGUUGGAGAUAUUCUCUCUCUCUUUAAAUUCAAGUACUGAUAGGUGCACAGCCACCCCUGGGAAUUUAGCAUGAACAAGACACCAAUGAGUUCUUUUUCAUUCUCAACGCCUGCUAUGUUGUGAUGUAAUUCAAAUACUGUGCAGUUCACCAAAUGCGUACAAUUCGAUGGUUUUAGAUCGUAUCCACAGAGUCCUACAACUGUCACCCAUCAAAAGAAACACCACGGCAAUGAUGUCACUUCUUAUGUCCACCCCCGUGAAAACUUGCGGGUCAAAUAAACAGUUCCCAUCCAGGUGUCAGGAGACAAAGCAAAUUACUGUAUGGAGGGGUCAAGAUUGAGGAGGUUCUUCCUGGCCACCUGCACUGGUUGUGCCCUCAUGACAUUACGGAAGAUUCAUUCUCUCUCUCGUGUCCCUCGAGUGUGUGUGUCUGUGUGUGUGCAUCCGAGGCUUUAAAGAUCGCACAGCUUCCGGCAGCGUACCCCAGCACGCUCACCCCGAGAACAAACUGCCAGGCAACACGUCCCGGGCCACACCCUGGACCCGGCAGUACGCAGGAAGACGGCUGGCCUGGCGGUGGAGCAGCCGCGGCUUCCGAUUGGCCAGGCGUACGCAACGGCCCUCCUUCCGCAGGCUGCGGGCCUAUCUAACCCAGGGUCAUCACCUUCACGAGCAGCUUCGGGCUGAGCACGGAAAGCAGGCUUCGCGGGUUCUCGGCUGCAGAAGAUCAGCUCGGGAGAUCCUCCUGUGGCAAGGCCAGGCCCCCGGGCCGUUCUCAGGGUUCGCGAGUCUUUCUUUGUCCGGUCUUUGCAGCCAGGAGGCGGGGCCUCGUUUGCUCCCGCCCCGGAAGCGGAAGUGCAGGGGUCUGGGGGGAGUCCUGUCCACUGUGAGUCUGGCCCGUGUGGCAGCGGUUCCUCCCGCUGAUUCUGCCGUUUCCUCUUGGCUGCCGGUUGUCGCGUUCUUCAUCUCACCAUGCUGUCUCUAGAUUUCCUAGAUGAUGUGCGGCGGAUGAACAAGAGACAGCUAUACUACCAAGUCCUAAAUUUUGGAAUGAUUGUCUCCUCGGCACUAAUGAUCUGGAAGGGGCUAAUGGUGAUAACCGGAAGUGAAAGUCCAAUUGUAGUGGUGCUCAGUGGCAGCAUGGAGCCUGCGUUUCACAGAGGGGACCUCCUUUUCCUAACGAACCGUGUCGAAGAUCCCAUACGAGUGGGAGAAAUCGUCGUCUUCAGGAUAGAAGGAAGAGAGAUUCCUAUAGUGCAUCGAGUCUUGAAGAUCCAUGAAAAGCAAAACGGGCAUAUCAAGUUCCUAACCAAAGGAGAUAAUAAUGCCGUUGACGACCGAGGCCUCUAUAAACAAGGACAACACUGGCUAGAGAAGAAAGACGUUGUAGGAAGAGCGAGAGGUGCAGGUGACCAGACGACCUCGCCACUCCGCUGUCUCUCUAGUGUCCUCACACAGCCUGAGCGUCAUCAUCUUUUCAAAUGUGCAGAGAUCAAAGGGGCAUUACACUUGUGUGCCAGCUCAUCGGAAAGAGGAGCCGACCUCAUCUUCCUAAACCGAGAGAGCACACUGAAAUGCUGCUUGCUUGCUUCAGUCAGAAGUCACCAAGGGACUGAACUUUAUUUUGGCGGCAGCCGUUCCAGCAAUAACUGCAAAGGGAAGAGCUGUUGUUUCCUAUUUAACAAGCCUCAGAGUAACCUGAUUUACCGAGGAGAGAGGCAGAGGUCGGUCUGCACAGCAGAGGUCUGUGUCACUGUUAUUGCCCUGGGUGCCAUGUCCUUUCCUACCUUUGGAAGUCAAAUGGGCAAACCUCCAUUUUCAAAGCCCCUCCUCGGGGUGGCUCAGAUUAUCAGGUCUCUUAGAAAUAUAAGAUUCUCUACCAGAUUCCUAAGUCUCUAAACCUCCUUAGAUAAUGAGUGAUGUUGGCACACAUCCCAGUACUAGAGAGGUUGAAGCAAGAGCAUUUUGAGUUCAAGACCAGCCUUUGGCUCCGCAGUGAAUCUAACCUUUUUAGAGGCCUCUUUGGGGUUGAGCAUAUCACUUUGGUUAUGUAACUGUCCCCCUAAAUGCAUGAACAUUAUAUGCAGUAGUUAAGAAUGCUGCCUGGGCUCUCACUGCAGGGCUUUAUAACAUUCCCUGGCUCUCGUCUGCUCAGCUCAGUAGCAGCUUCCUGGCUUUCUCUUCUAAGCCGUGAACCGAGUAUGUGUUAGUUACCCGGAGCCGGUCUUCUGUAUAAGUGAACUUGUGAGAUCAGAACACGGCCUUAGGGUCACCCAUAGGAGAGCAAUGAGACUGGAGAGGUAGUGCCCACUAGCUCUGUUUCCUGAGAACUCAAAACUCAAUUGGCACUGAAGCGAUGCAUGGGAAAACAGGAGUGUGUGUUAGGGAGAACUGUGGCUGUUCUCACAGCUUUGGGAGCAUGAGGUAGUGCCCCAAAAGUGCCAUGACAGACCUGAAGCCUGGCUCUGGUGAAAUGUCCGCACGAAUAACAACCUCUGGGGUGACCCUUGCCAAUAACUUAAGGGACAGGCUUGUCAGUAAGUUCCUUCAAGCGGUUAAGGAAAGCAGCGCUCACUCAACAGUUUCCCUUAGUUUCUGCAUCCGCAGAGAGGCUGGGAGUAUGCUGGAUGCGGGAGAGAGGGAGGGGUUGCAGAGGGAAUGAUGCGUGCAGGAAGGUGAAGAGAGCUAUAUCUGAACACCGUGGCUAAGCUGUGAAGGAACAGAGAGGUGUAAAUGUCAGGCUGGGGGUGAGAAGCAACAAGACUGCAAGGAAAAGCCGGGGCCAGAAAGCGACUGUUGCUGUCCCCUAUGCCACACUCCAGAACCUCAGCAUCGCAGAAAGGCUCCCUGGGACCAGGUGGUGGCUCAGUAAAGUGCUUGCCUUCCAAGCACAAGGACCCAAGUUCAGAUUCCCAGCACUUGUAUAAAAAGUUAGGGUUGUUGGCCAAAACCUGAAAUCCCAGUGCUGGGGGAGGUGGGGACAAGAGGCUUACUGGCCAGCCGGUCUUAGUAAGUACCAGCUUCAGCAGGAGACCCUACCUCAGAAACUAAGGUAGGGACUGGGGAGGUGACUCAGCAGGAAAAGCAUUUGAUGCAGCAAGCAUGACUUCAGUCCAGAUUCUUAGAACCCACAUGAAAAACUGUAUGUACUAUCACAUACAUGUAAUCAAUGUUCCUGUGAAGGGAUGGGAGAAUAAUGCAGAAGCUCACAGUCUUCUGAACUGGAUGACUUGGCAAAGCAGCAGAAACAAGACAGUCCUGCCUCA